GGGGCGAAGGCUGCAUGCUGAUUGCUCUGAGCAGACCCAGCGGGAAGACAUCCGUCAACUCACUGUAUCUCUCAUGCAAAAAGUAGAUGGCUCUUGGCUUCAAGACCACCACAAGCUAUGGCUUUACCACCAUCUUGUAGUGCCCAAGCUUUCUUGGUCUUUCCAGGUUCUUGAACUCACACAAGGUUUUGUACGUGAACUGCACUUUAUGUGUUUACCAUUUCUGAAGAAAUGGUCAGGCCUACCUCGAUGCGCAAACUCUGCCAUUCUUUUAUUGGCAGUCGCAAACGCUUUGGCUUACGCCUCCACUACCUUCCUACGGUGUGGAAAAAGUGCCAGUCCAUCAAAUGGCACAUUCUUCGAUCGAGUGGGGACGCGCGCAUGAGGGCGCUGGACACUCUGCGUCGGAGUAAGGAUGCGAAGCUGACAAAGCGAUAUGCGGCGACAAUAGAGCUGGAGUGUGCAGAGGCAUCAGUAGGUUCAGGGACUCUCCGUCCACCGUCAUCUUCAAGUCAUCGUGCAGGGUUGGGUGCUCGUGCUCCGAAGCAGCAUUCCAAACCCCCGAGGAAGGAUUUCCUUCAAACAUUUGAGGAGAUCAACGCGCAGGAGCAGAUUUUGAGGCUGAAGACUCUUCAGGUGCAAGGCAAGUGGUUGGAGUGGACAUCGGUGAUGUGGCAGGACCUCUCGUGGAAAUCCCUUUUGUACGGUGGUACUGGUAAGGAUUUGAAAUUUCUUCUCGCAUCAACCCUCGACGUGCUACCUUCUCCGACGAACCUACGCCGUUGGGGAAACACCGUAGUGGAUCCGUACUGUAGUUUGUGCCGUACCUGGGCCUGUACUACGCGCCACGUGCUUGGCGCUUGUCGCGUAGCGCUGGACCAGGGACGUUACACCUGGAGGCACGACAACGUACUCGGGGUCAUCGUCAGGAACAUGCGUGAGGAGAUUCGAAUCCGCACUGCUGCAAACACCGUACAAACCGAAAAUUCAAAUGAGCUUGACUUCAUCUCGUUUUGCAAGGCGGGAGAGAAGCCAGUUCGCGUUCAGCCCAGACGAAAGCUGGUUACGACUGAUCUCCUGUCAGCGGCCUCAGACUGGAAACUUCUUGUCGACUCAGUUAGUGCAAAGAUUUCUUUCCCUAGCUGUGUUGCACUUACCACCCUAAGACCAGAUAUAGUUCUGUACUCUACGAGUCGUAGGAUUGUAUUCUGGAUGGAGUUGACAGUUUGUGCUGAGGACAGAUUCAGUGUCAGUAACUCGCGGAAGGACAGGCGGUAUGCGGAUCUGGCCGAUCAAUGCCGAGCAAACGGGUGGCAGGUCGUUUCUUUUUCGGUUGAGUAAGACGUCUCUGCGAAGCAGCUACAUCAUCUGGUUGCGGCGUCAACAAAAACACUGGUCGGAAGAUCCACUUUUCUGAGGUACUGUAUGUGGGGCUCCGUUUAUUGAGGUGCGUUGAAAUUUAUUCUCUUUAUCUUAUUAUUUCUUUUCUAUAAUUUCCCCAUAUGAGUUCCUAUCAGUUGCUGUGAACACCUUGAGUGGAGAGCGCUUGCUCGAGCGUUGAACCGGGUUCUUAAUCCACCAUACCCAGUUCGCAAGGCUGGGCGGGGUUGUGAGCAGGCUUUCAUUUCAUCUUUUCUUAUUAUUUCUUAUUAUUUCUGCUUUUCAUCUCAUUACAAAAAUUCUGCGCUUUUUCUCCAUCUGCGCAUAAAAUCUAGACUGACAACCUGCUGUUAAAUCAUGCACCUGCUUUCAGGCGUAAAAACCCUGUUGUAGAGGUCUCAGUCCUCAUUUGUUAGACUUACCUGUCUUUAUAAUGUAACUUACUCUCUCUCUCUCUCUCUCUCUCUCUCUCUCUCUCUCUCUCUCUCUCUCUCUCUCUCUCUCUCUCUCUCUCUCUCUCUCUCUCUC